UUAUGGAUUGGAAAAAGGCUUUUACAAAAAAUAGAGUAGAGAUUGUGAAGGACUUAGCCAAUCCAAACGAUGUGGCUGACUGUCUUUUUAGCGAUAGAGCAUUUACAGAGGAAAUGAGAGAUGGAGUACAACAAGAACCUGAGAAAGAAAAGAAAAACAGAAUGAUACUUGAUACUCUUCAAAGUCGAGGUCAACGUAGUGUUAAAAGUCUUUACAAUGCUUUCCAAGAAACUGGGAAUGAUCAUUUGGCAGAUCUAAUACUCCCCUAUGCUCAGAUUAUUGAACAAAAAGAAAAUUUGAAUGAUCCCAAAGAAUGGCCACCAGAGAAAUCUGAACAAAAAGCCAUGGAGGAGCAUGGAGUUUUUAAAAUAAAAGACCUAAAAAGUCCUCUUUUGCAUGACUAUAAUAAAGAGGACGUCUAUAGAAUAUGCGGAGAAAAACGAGGAAAGGUCUUUAUUUUGAAUAAUACAUUUUCUAAUAAUGCUAAGUGGGAAAGACAAGGCUCAGACGUUGAUGUACAAAAUCUGACAGAUUUAUUUCAAGAGCUACAUUUCGAAGUCGUAACAAAGACUGAUACACCAGCAAAGGAAAUGUUCGAAUUUCUAAUUAAAGAAAGAAAUAAAAUAGAAAACUGGAAGGACAUUCAAUGCAUAGUUCUUAUCAUCAUGAGUCAUGGGUCAAGCGGCUACAUAUACGGAAACGACGGCAAUCCAAUUAAACUAACAGAUCUCAUCGACGUUUUUGAUUCAGAACAUUGCCUAGGUUUAGAUGACAAACCAAGAUUAGUAUUUGUGCAAGCUUGUCGAGGAGAAACCGAUCAGAAUAAAAUAGCAGAGCUUUGCGUGAAAGUGGAAAAUCAGAAAAUCCAGCCUAAAACUUGUGAUGAACGAGAUUCAGAAACGUUCCAUGAAGAAAAGCCAAUACAAAUAAAGCACCCUUCAGCAGACUUUUUCAUUGUGUAUGCAACACCAGAAGGAACAUCUGCCUUCAGGCAUAUUGAAAGUGGAUCCUGGUUUUUAAAUGCUGUUGUUUGGACGUUCAAAUACCAUGCCAAACGUGAAGAGCUGCAACAUCUUCUUAUAAGAGUAAACAGAUUAGUAGCAAAGGGAAAAGGUUCUGCUGAAUAUCCUCAGAAGUUGACUGUAUCGGAGGUUAAAUCAAAUCUGAGGAAGAAGUUUUAUUUUUUCCCCGGUGUUUAUGGAGACUCUCCGCAGAUUUUCAAGGAAUGAAUGAAAUGAACAAUGUAUUUGGCUGUUAAAAUAAACUGAUGAAAAUAU